GAAGCCAGUUGGCCCCUUAGAGCAACAACAUCCCUACAAACACAAGGAUAUCUGGAUUUUGCCACUGAAAACAGAAAAUGGCAAAUCUAAAAUGUUUAUCUUUCAAGUAUACCAUCAGGAAUAUGUUGUUUCACUGUUAGUUUUUCUAAUAAAAGGUGGGAUUUAUUAGUUGAGAAUUAAAGCAAGAAAUAAAUCAGGUCAAACAAACCAAAUCUGGAAAGAAGUUAGGGUUAGACUUCAAGUGUAAAUCAAGGACUUUCUGAUUAUUAUCUAUGUAAAUUCAACAAGUCUGAGUUGUGCAAGAAAAAUUAAUGAUAGUAAAAUAUUUUGGGAAUUCUUUCUAAAGUGGAAAACUUUUUAUUUUUUUCUUCUAUUCUUCUUUUUUUCAACAGGUUGUGCAGUCAUGUUGUGGUUGGUAUGGUUGUGUCUCCUCUAUUUAAAGAGUGGAGCUCUGGGUUUUGGUAUCCUUCCUGGAGAAUCUUUCAACCAUCAAACAAUCACUGAGAGAGCACUCCUGAAUGUUACAGCUCAGGUCUGCAGAGCUCUGGCUCUGGCUGAAGGGAAGGACUUCACGUUUCCUGCACAACCUUUCACUGCCAAGUCCAUUGCUAAUGCAUGUGAAGCUCCAAAGUCAUACAAAGUUUUCCUUCCUAACAUCUUAAUCAUCCAAAGCAUGAAUGCGGCUACAGAUUUACGUCGACUCUUUGAUCCUCGUUACCACUGUGAUGAUGAGCUUUUAACAGAAGGACAGAAGCUCAUCACAGAUGGUUUAUCAGCAUUAAAGGCUGCCAACAGGAAACAAAAUUUUUUGUCAGCAAGAUUAACCCUAGGAAAGAUACUCCACACCUUACAGGAUUUCUACAGUCACAGCAACUGGGUAGAAUUGGGAAACAAAUUUCCAAACGUUAAUAUGAUCAGAAAGAACGCCAACAUUGGAAAUAUUGCAGCUAAAACCACAGCAACCUGUCGCAGCUGCAAUGGGAACGACUGCAGCAACAAUAUUUUGGAGGAAAUAAUAGCAAAGAAUAUUUUGACGUCUGGAUACUUUUCUAUUAUUCCUUUUUUUGCAACCAAACCAAACGGGAAGUGCAGCCAUGGGGGUUCCAUAGAUAGAACAAGUUCAAUUGUGCCUAAAGGUGGGAUCAACAAAGACAGUUACUCCUCCAGUCAUGGAUAUCUUCACAGAGAAGCAGCAGAGUUGGCCAUAGCUGCAACCAGUCAGAUUCUGGAGGACAUUCGAGGAGCUUCUGGAGACAGAGAAUUCCUUCAGUUGAUGGGAAUCUCAAAGGGAUCAAGUAAGGCUCUUUGCUUUGUGGUGGACACAACAGGAAGUAUGGGUGACGACAUUGCAGCUGUACGAACCGUCACUUCUACUAUAAUUGAUAGUAAGGUUGGAACAGAGGAUGAACCUUCACUCUACAUUCUUGUACCUUUCAAUGAUCCAGAUUUCGGGCCUCUGAUAAAGACCACAGAUGCAGAUGUCUUUAAAGAUUAUAUCAAUUCAUUAACAGCAUAUGAAGGUGGAGAUCUUCCAGAAAUGACUCUUUCAGGACUUCAGCUGGCUCUAACUGGCUCUCCUCCUAAUUCUGAGAUCUUCCUCUUCACUGAUGCACCUGCCAAAGAUGAAUCUCUGAAGAACACAGUGAUUGCACUCAUAGAACAGACCAAGACAGUUGUGAACUUCAUGGUAACCAACGUCCUAGGGUUCCGCCGUCGCAGACAAGCUGAUGGAAAUCAACCGCAAACCCAGCGGAUGGCAAGAGCAAAUUCUCAGCUGUACAGAGAUCUGGCUCAGGCUUCAGGAGGACAAGUAAUUCAAAUUUCUAAAAAUCAGCUGCUCCAGGCCACCAGCUUAAUCACAGAAUCCACAAGCUCCUCUCUGGUGACUCUUCUACAAGCAAACAGGAAUUUGGGGAAGCCAGAAAAUUACACUUUCAGUGUUGAUGAGACAUUAACAAAUCUGAUCAUUUACAUCACUGGAGAUUCAGUUGACUUCACACUAGUCAAUCCUUCAGGUGAGCUUCAUAAUAAGACCUCCACAGGACCAUCAGUCAUCACAGCUGAGUUGGUGGGAAACUUACGGACUCUGCAGCUGAGGACCCAAGUUGGAUUGUGGGAAUUGAGAAUAAUGUCAACAAAUCCCUAUACCCUGAAGGUUGUAGGUCAGAGUCCUAUUGAUUUCAUCUUUAACUUUGUGAAGCAAUCUCAGGGCGCCUUAGAAGGAUAUGACCUCGUGGAAAAUCGUCCAACAGCUGGCAGUAACACCAGUCUGGAGGUGACUCUACUUGAGGCUGACUCCACCACAGUGACUGAAGUCACUUUAGUCGAAUCCUCAGGGUCAGGACAGGUUAACGGACUUGUGGAGGCUCAGGGUGGGGGAAAAUACUUGGUCCACUUUGACAAGAUCCCAUCAGUUGAGUUUGUGGUAUUAGUGAAAGGACAGAGUACCAACAGUACAACUUCUAGAGCAUCCUCAGUGACAUUCCAGAGACAGUCUACAACCAGCCUGAGAGCCUCUACACUAACUGUUACUGUGUCUGAUACAGGGAGUGUCUUAGAGCCUGGAACUCCACUCCUCGUUCCCUUUUCUGUAACGACCACUGGUGAUGGAGGAAACUUUGUAAUCAAAGCUACUAAUAACCAAGGCUUUGAUUUAACCUUCCCAUCCAGUUUAACCCUGGAAAGUGGAGGUAGUGCCAACGGUACAGCCAGUAUCACAGCACCCUCUACCUCCCAGUCUGGUACUGGUGUCACACUGACCAUAGAGGCUGAAGCUCCAGGAGGUGCAGACACCAACUAUGGUGUGCUGCGUCUCACUGUUCUUCCAAAGGUGACAGAUUUUUCUCCUGCAUUUUGCCAGCUGGUUAGUCUCCAAUCCAACUGUAGUGACAACUGCAACCAGUCUAUGUGGGAGCUCUCUGUGGAAGUGACUGAUGGAGAAAAUGGGACUGGGAUAGAUCGCAUCAGUCUCAGAGAAGGCGACGGCAUCUUAAUUUCCAAUGUUACAACGGCCAAUGGGAGUGUGACGCUGGUAUCCUACAACGCAUCCUGCUGCUCGUCUAACGUGCAGAUAGUGGUUGUAGAUCGAGUUGGUAAUGUGGAUGUCUGCAGUUAUUCUGUUACUCCAAGAGUCAGUGCAACUGUCAGUCCAACUGUCGCCUCAACCGCCCAGCCAAGUUCCCCAACAACAACUUCAUCGUCCAGAGCUGUUCAGCCCUCUCUUCUUUGCUUUAGCAUGAUGAUUUUAGGGCUUAUGCUGGGCUGUAAGAUGGGAUAAAUUUCUAAAUGUCUUGUUUUGUUCAUGGCUGGACCUGCGCCUAGUCGACCUAGGCGGUUGCCUAGGGUACCAUCUGCUGGAGUGGGGUACCAUUGGAAUUAUUAGGCUAUAUUUUCAUGUUUUUUGCUUUGUU